GGAAUAAGGAUUCUGGCACAAAUUCAUGAAUUCAAGCAUGUUUGGGUUACGAUCAGUAGCAGUAUACGCGUAAUAUGAAAUUACAUAUUAAAAUUUCCUCGUUCUUAUUUAAUCAGUUGAUAAAGUUUCAUGGUAUGGUAUAAACAUCGCGCUUCGCGAAUCGUUUCAGUAGAUGUUUGAUGCUCAGUUGAAAAAAAUUGUUUAGGUAUUUUAGACCGGAUUUAUUUUAUUACAUAUUUCUAAUUGCUUAGCCGUGGGAUUUUUUGCUAUUCUUGAAUAGUACUACGUAGCAGUGAGAUUACCUAUUUUUAAAAAUGGAAGAGUUACCAGAUCUGCCACUGUUAUGGAAUAGACCAAAAUCAGUUGCUUAUCCAAACACAUGGCAUAAAUUUCAAUCUAAGUCCAAAGAUGGUAAAUCGUUCGCUAUAAAAAUUGUCGAUCUAACUCCAGAACGUUUCGAAGAAAGUAUUGAAUUAAUGAUGAAGUAUUACUUCCCAGAAGAACCGCUCAGCGUUUCAUCGAAGCUUUUAGAAGAUGAAUUGAGUAUGCAAAUUUACCAAUACGUAAUAAGUAAAAUGUUGGAAAACAGUGUCAGCAUACUGGCAGUACUUGAUGAAGAUGUUCCGAAACCUGAAAUUGUUGGAUUGCAGAUAUUGUCUAUCGCUUCAAAAGGAGACCCUUCAUUACCAGAAGUACCGGGUGAAGCUAUACAGAAAAUGUCCAAAAUCUACGAAGAUAUUAGAAUAAACACAGAUCCAUUCGAAAUCCUCGGUACAGAUAAGUACGUUCAUGAUUGGGGAUUACUCGUAAUACCGCAAUAUAGAGGAUUGGACAUAGGAUAUAAUAUUCUACUCAGUUUAGAAAAGCUCGCGAAGGCUUUCGAUAUCAAAGGAUCUAUGAUUAUGUUUACUCGUAUUCAAUCUCAGAUUUUAGCCCAAAGAGCUGGAUUCAAGUUAUACAAUGAAAUUAUAUACGACGAAUAUAAAGAUGACCAAGGCCAAGUUAUAUUUCCUGUUCAAGGCACCAAAUCAUUGAAAUUUAUGGGAAUAAAAUACGAGUGAACAUUUUUCAACCAGCCAGAGAAAUUUAACGAUAAUUUAAAAACUAAGAUAUUCCUAAUUGCAUGAAUAAUUUGAAUAGCUAAUUUACACAUACCUACCUACUACGUUUGAGUAGGUAUCUUUAUCUACCUACAUUGUGAUGCAUGUGCAAUUGUGCAAGUCAUUAGACUGAUUGAAACCCAGACUAAAAAAAAAAAAAAUGUUUUACCAUAAAUGAAGUCGACAGACAUUUUUUAUACUUCAAUAAUAAAGCUACUCACCGUUA